AUGACUUUAUCGUUGUAAUUAAACUGAUCAAGUUUGUAAGAAAUCUAAAACUAUACAGUAUAUAAUUUAAAAAUUUAGUAUAUAGUAUUUCGCAGAGAUUAAAAAAGUGAUCUCUUUAUAUUAAUAUAUCUUAAUAUUCACCUUUUAUUAUUACAUAAGAUAUAUUAUGUGCCUAAGGUUAUUAUUCAUACUAUAUAUUAAUUUCUUACUAAAUAUAAAUAAAAUUUUGAAGUACGUUAAGAUUUCAGAAAAAAUAAUGACUUCUUUAGUAUAAGUAAAUGAGUAUUUUAUCUGUGAAUAUUCAUUAAUAUUUUGAAAAAUUGAAAAAUAUAAUAAUAUAUUUAGAAUUGCAUUUUAUAAUUAUAAUACUUUUGUUUCUCCGAAGACUAUGGAAAGUUGAUUUUAUUUUAAAUUUUUACGUGAGAGUGUAUAUAAUUGCAAUGAAUAUCUAGUAAUUUCUACAUACUAUAAUAAAUUGUUUAUCAUUAGAUUAUUAGUACAUAUUAAUCAGUUAGUUUAUGUUUGAUUCAUCUGUGCAAAGAAAAUCGAUAGAAUUGUCCAUGAAUAUUUCCAGUAUAACAUAUUUAAUUAACGAUCUUAAUUAUUGAAAAAGAAAAUAAGUCAGUAUGUAUAUGUACAAUAAUAAAUUCUGUGCAGAAUUUACUUUCUUUAGAAAGGAAAAAAAGAAAAAGAAAUAAGAAAAAAAAAAGGAACACUUAGAAUUGAGAAUUAAAUCUCUACAAGUUUAACUAACCUUCUCUUUCUCAGUUGUCGUAAAAUGGAUCCUCGCCUUUGAACUUUGGGUUUCUCUGUUGCAGCCUGGCAACAACGAGGCCGGGAUUUGCAACCUUGAACAUUGCGGCAGCUCUCUGUGCGAUCGAAACGAGCUGGACGAAGAAGGUAACUGCCGCGUGGAAACUUGGGCAACGCCCUUUCGUAUUAGGAUAGCUUUUGGUCCUGGACAGGACAUGGGGACCACGCUCGAGGACAAUAUUGGCAUGUGUCUUGUGUACGAACAACUAGCCUGCGUCGCCUGA